AUGUCUGCGCAGAAACUGCCAAAGGGAUUCACCUGGGGCUUCGCCACAGCCUCCUACCAAAUCGAAGGCGCACACAACGAGGGUGGCCGUCUCCCGUCCAUCUGGGACACCUUCUCGCACACGCCAGGCAAGACCGAGGGCGGCGCCUCGGGCGACGUCGCGACGAACUCGUACCACCUCUGGCGCGAGGACAUCGCGCUGCUCAAGUCCCUCGGCGCGCAGGCCUACCGCUUCUCCAUCUCGUGGUCGCGCGUCAUCCCGCUCGGCGGGCGCGACGACCCCGUCAACCAGGAGGGCAUCCAGUGGUACCGCACGUUUGCGCAGGAGCUGCUGAACAACGGGAUAACGCCGUGGGUGACCCUCUACCACUGGGAUCUCCCGCAGAACCUGCACGACCGGUACGGCGGCUGGCUGAACAAGGACGAGAUCGUGCCCGACUUUGUCAACUACGCCAAAGUGUGCUACGACGCGCUCGGAGACAUCGUCAAGCACUGGAUCACCUUCAACGAGCCGUGGUGCAUCGCUGCGCUUGGCUACGGCGUCGGGUAUUUUGCGCCCGGCCGCUGCAGUGACAGGAACAAGUCCGCAGUCGGGGACUCGUCGACAGAGCCGUUCAUUGUUACGCACAGCGUGCUCAUCGCUCACGGAUAUGCCGUCAAGCUUUACCGCGACCAGUUCCAGCCAACGCAGAAGGGGACCAUCGGGAUCACGCUCGAUGCGAGCUGGUGGGAGCCGUACUCGGACAGUCCUGAAGACAUUGCUGCUACACAACGCGCAUUCGACGUCCGGCUGGGCUGGUUUGCCCAUCCGAUCUACCUCGGGUACUACCCCGACGCGCUGAAGAAGAUGAUCGGGAGCAGGUGCCCCGAGUUCACCGCCGAAGAAAUCGCAGUCGUCAAAGACUCGUCCGACUUCUUCGGCCUCAACCACUACACCAGCCACCUCGUCCAGGAAGGCGGCGCCGACGAAUUCAACGGCAAAAUCAAACAAACCCACACCCGGCCGGACGGCACACAGCUCGGCCCCGUCGGCGACCUCGACUGGCUGCAGACAUACGCGCCCGGGUUCCGCAAGCUGCUCGGGUUCGUGCACAAGCGCUACGGCAAGCCCGUCGUCAUCACGGAGAACGGGUUCUGCGUGAAGGGCGAGUCCGGCCUCACGCGCGAGCAGGCGCUGCGGGACACGGAGCGUGUGUCGUAUCAUCGGGAGUAUCAGGAGGCGAUGCUUAAGGCGAUACAUGAGGACGGGGCGGAUGUGAGAGGGUAUUUCGGGUGGAGCCUGCUGGACAACUUCGAGUGGGCGGCGGGAUACGGUCCCCGGUUCGGCGUGACGUACGUCGACUACGAGACGAUGAAGCGGUACCCGAAGGACUCAGCCAAGUUUGUCUCCGAGUGGUUCAAAACCCACGUGCAGUAG